AUUGGAGUGGAGUUUAUUAGGAAUGAUAUCUCGUAUAGAGUUUACGCUAACAAAGAGGUUAUCGUUUCCGGCGGUCCCAUAAAUAGCCCACAAUUACUAAUGCUAUCAGGAAUUGGUCCCAAACAGCAUUUACAAAACAUUGGGAUACCAGUCAUAUUGGAUCUACCGGUUGGUAACAAUUUUGCUAACCAUCCGGCAGUCACUGUUAGCGUUAAUAUGAAAGAUGAAUAUCUUAACAUGGUAAAUCCAGUUCCAGACCCAAAUGUGCAACAAUUAAGUCAACUUUAUUACCAUCAAAGUGGGCCAUUAUCCCAAAACCCUUCCUGUGCCCUCUAUUACAACACACAUAAUAAUAGUGAUAAUCAGUGGCCAAACGCACUGCUAUUUGGAGUCCUAUAUAAUAACACAAUUAAUAUAUUCUCAAAUUUAGUCCGAUAUAAAAGUCGGGGGAUAUUACGCUUACAGUCAACUGACCCUUACAUCCCACCCCUCAUUGACCCCAAUUGGUUGUCACAUCCGGAUGAUAGGGAAGACCUAUUGGAAGCCACGCGACAUAUAUUUUAUAUACUGGAGCGCACAUCCAUCUCCCGUUACAUCCUACCUCCCGCCGAUUUAUUAGCCGAAAUAGGCUGUCCCGUAUGCCCGGGCAGGUAUACGUAUGAGUGCACAGAAGGUUUAAAAUGCUUCGUACAAUACUAUAGCACCACUUCCUAUCAUCCCGGCGGUAGUUGUCGUAUGGGCUCAAUAGACAGAUCCGAUGUUGUGGUCGACCCCCAGUUGAGGGUUAAAAAUAUGAAAAACCUAAGGGUUUGUGAUUCAUCGAUAUUCCCAACGAUUCCCAACUCCAACACCGCGGCCCUCACUAUAACUGUGGGCUAUAAAUGCGCCCAAUUUAUCAAGGACUGUUAUCAUUUGAAA